AUGAGGCCUGAGAACCAGAGUAGCAUGUUCAAGUUCCUCCUCCUGGGGCUCCCCAUCCCGCCAGAGCAGCAGGGCGUGUUCUUCGCCCUGUUCCUGGGCAUGUACCUGACCACGGUGCUGGGCAACCUGCUCAUCCUCCUGCUCAUCAGGCUGGACUCUCGCCUCCACACCCCCGUGUACUUCUUCCUCAGCCACCUGGCCUUCUCUGACAUCUCCUUUUCAUCUGUCACCAUCCCUAAGAUGCUGAUGAACAUGCAGACUCAAUGCCAAUCUAUCACAUACGCAGGGUGCAUUUCACAGGUGUAUUUCUUUAUAUUCUUUGGUUGCCUUGACAGCUUUCUUCUCGCAGUGAUGGCCUAUGACAGGUAUGUAGCUGUGUGUCACCCUCUCCACUACACCACCAUCAUGAGGGAUGAGCUUUGUGUCACCCUGGUGGCUGGGUGCUGGUUCGCCUCUUGUGCCCAAGCUCUGUUGCACACCUUCCUCGUGGACCGGUUGAAGAGCCCUGGCAACCAGUCCAGUGUCACUGAGUUCCUCCUCUUGGGUCUCUUUGAGAGAUCAGAGCAGCAGCCUCUCUUAUUUGGCGUCUUCCUGGCCAUGUACCUGGUCACCAUGCUGGGGAACCUGCUCAUUAUCCUGGCCGUCCAUUCUGACCCCCGCCUCCACACCCCCAUGUACUUCUUCCUGGCCAACCUCUCUUUGGCUGAUGCCUGCUUUUCUUCCACCACGGUCCCCAAGAUGCUGGUGAACAUCCAGAUGCACAGUCAGACCAUAUCCUAUGGGGAAUGUUUGGCCCAGAUGCACUUGUUCAUGACAUUCGGGGCACUGGAUGACUUCCUCUUGGGGGUGAUGGCCUAUGACCGCUACGUGGCCAUCUGCCGGCCCCUUCACUACACCACGCUCAUGAACCUUUUUGUGUGUGUGCGCCUUCUGGCAGCCUGUUGGGUUCUCACCAACUUCCCUGCCCUCUUACACACCCUGCUCAUGGCUGGGCUUUCUUUCUGUGCGGGCAACACCAUCCAUCACUUCUUCUGUGAUGUGGUCCCUCUGCUGCAGCUCUCCUGCUCAGACACCAGCACCAACCAGGUAGCCCUGUACACAAUGUGCUCUGUGAUACUCACUGGUCCUCUUUCCCUUAUCAUCCUGUCAUAUGUACACAUCAUCUCCACCAUCCUCAGGGUCACAUCUGCCUCUGGCAGGCAGAAGGCCUUCUCCACCUGUGGGUCCCACCUCACUGUGGUCUUCCUGUUCUAUGGCACGGCAAUCGGUGUCUAUCUGUACCCGCCUUCAUCACACUCAGGGGGUGAGGACCGGCUUGCAGCUGUAUUUUACACUGUGGUGACGCCUAUGCUGAACCCCUUCAUUUACAGCCUCAGGAACAAAGAAAUGAAGAUGGCACUGAGCAGACUUUUUGGAAUUCAUACACUCUCUUCGCAAGGACUUUAA